GCGUGAUCGCUGCCGGCCGCCAGCAGCAGCUGCUCGCGCCUCAAUCACUGCCAGAAUCCCGUCGACGUCCCAGCACUAGCGCAGAAAGUGAUGUAGCAGAAGUGGUGAUCGGCGGGGGUUAGCUGGUUUUGUUUCUUGGUCACGUUCUUGGACUCUGAGUUGUUUUUUCCAUUUGGGCAAUGCGACCUUCGGGGCAUGACCAGACGAUCACUUUUUCUCUUCGGCAUGUUUCAAGAGCACAGACCAGCGGCAAACCUCCACCUGUAUCCAAGCACUGCGCCCUCGUGGACGAGCAAGCAUGGGUGCCAUGCACAUGCCUGCUCUUUAAUAAGCUCGUGCACAUAUUACUUACCGCAUCAACCACUAUGCACUUGCGCGUGUCGCUGUCCACCACCAGAUAUAUGUAGUUUUGCAUGCCCACGGCGAACUCGAAAAUCUUGCUGCGUAUCGGAUGCAGCCCUUUCGGCUUCAGCGCAAUGUCUCUGCCCGGCAGCAGCUGGAUCACGCGCAGCCCCAUCUCCUCGUUCCUGGCCAUAAUGCGCGCCCGCUCGCAGCUCACCCGCACAUGCGGAUCAUUCGGCUCCAUCGCCACCGCCUGCUUAUAGAACCCGUAGGCGUCACGCACGC